UGUCUGUGAGUAGUGGUUCGAUUCUUUUCUUGUACGACGUUAAUCCUAAAUCAUUUUUCAAAAUUCUCUGCACACUUCUUCUUGAAAUUUUAAGUUCACUGGCCAGUUUUCGAGUUGAGACGCGUUUCUUCCGCUUUAAACGGUUUUUAACUUUUUGAAUCGUAUUUUUUCUUCGAAUAAUACGAGGUCGACCUGGAGACGUUGACAGUUCAAUAGAGCCAGUCUCGAAGAUCAUUUUGCACCAUUGAAGAACCUGAGUACGACUAAUGGCACCCUUCAAAUCCCGAAAUAUCUUGCUGGGUGUUUCUCCAUUUUGAUGCUUGGACCAAUUUUUGGAGGUCUUUACUUUUCAUGAUUAAAAAAUUUUUCGUAGAAGAAUCUGAAAAAAACGAGUACAUGGUUUUGUAGAGAAUUGAACGGGGAAUCUUUUGGAGAAAAAAUUGGAUCGAUAAGAUUGGAACUGACGGAGUUAUAGGCAAAACAAACGAAUCCGAUUCUUUAUGCGCCACCCGUUAACACUGAAAGCUAAUAAACAGACGAUUAAUAAUGUUUUAGUCGAUCGUCGUGAAACAAAAAAUAUCUACGAAUGUCCCGUGUACAAGACAAAACAACGUGGUCCAACAUUUGUUUGGACGUUCAAUUUACGAACAAAAGAAAAAGCGGCAAAAUGGGUAUUAGGUGGUGUUUGUUUAUUAUUAGCAGUGUAG